GGACUCGAAUCAAAAUUGAGUAUUCGAAUCCAUUCGAAUCACCACGAAAAUAAUCGAAUCGUGAUUCGAAUCAACCUUUGAUUCGAAUAAACUGUUGAUUCGAAUCAAAUCUUUAAUUCGAAUAGAUUGUUGAUUCAAAUCAAAUUCUUAUUCGAAUCACGAUUUAAAUCAAUAAUCAUACAGAAAUACAUAACUACAAUGAAAUGAAGCUGUCCAUUUAUCAUUCUGUCUGUGUCUGCUACGCUUUCACGCAUAAACCACUGAAUCGUUUUCGAUAGGAGUUAGUAUAGACCUUUGGAAAGGACAUAAGCUACUUCUUUUAUUCCACUGCUGGGAACUAUAUCACGUGUAGCCAACGAGUGCGGAAAGCUAGCACCUUACGGCCGUUUUCAAUAACGUAUCUACAGUUAAAGAUAUUUAGCUAUCCUUGAUCAACAGAAAGCUGAUUCUAUCUAUCCGUAAUUUGCGUUUCACAAUCAACGAUAGGCCCAAUGAGAGCUCGCAUCUCUAUAAUCGCACUGAACAUUACCUUAUAUGGUACUAAUCUUUCGUGGGGCGUUGCAUUGACGUGAUUCGAAUCAGCUCGUGGAAUCGAAUCAGCUUGUGAAUUCGAAUCAGAUCGUGGAUUCGAAUCAACUCGACAAUUCAAAUCAAUUUAAAAACUGACUCGAAUCGAGAUAUAUAUGUCAUGAUUUGAAUCAUUCGAAUCAAAUGUGAUUCGAGUCCCAUCACUACUUGUAAUAUAGGACAGUGGCGUCGGUAAAUAAAUAUUGGAAAUGAAGUCGUGUGGUGUCAAUUUAUGAUACACAAAAUUAUUCAUCCAGUGGCAAGAUGCACAUGUGGAUGUGGUUUGGCUUCGACCUGGGGGAGUUUCUCUUCUCCGGGCUGUACGUGACGACGCGCUGGGCGUUCGCGCUCACCUGGAUAGCGCUAUUUGUUGUUGCGCUGCUGUUCGAGGGCUCCAAGGUGUACCUGGCUCGUGUGCAACGGGAUGCUUACAGGAUGUUACGCCCAUUUCGCUCUGAUGAGAGGAGGAACUUGCUGUGCGAACGAGAGCAGCAGACAGUAAGAGCUACAAACAGUCGCACGGGCAGUCCUAUGCCGGUCACAAGAUGGGCUUCCUUUCGCAUAAGGACGCUGGUGAACACGCACCAGACGGCGGUGUUCACGCUGCACAACGCGGUGGGAUACCUGCUCAUGCUGUGCGUCAUGCUCUACAACGUACACCUCAUACUCGCCGUCGUGCUGGGCAUGAUGCUUGGGUACUUCCUGUUCGGCACGCAGCUGACGCUGCUCCGCAUGCAGUGUGUCGGCCGCCGGCGCGUCGUCGUCUGCACGCCGGAGUGCGACGACACAGAGAACUCAACGCCGCCGCUUCUGAACUCGACGCAGGCGCUGGACUCCGAUAUAUUCGCGUGUCAAACGCGAACCUGCAUACAGCCGUCGCACUACUUCCGCGCCUCCACGUCACAAGAUGACGGCAGCCAGUCUUGUCAGUAUGGCGCCAAAGCCUGCCCGUCCAAAGUUGCCAGAGCGAAAAAUUUACAAUCGAGUUGCCAUAAGGAAGGUCCGAGCGUGGAGGACUCGACGCUUCUGCAACCGGAGCGCGGUUGUUGUAAGGAGCCCCCACCAGAGCGAACGCCUAAACCAAAGUGCUGUAAAUCUAGUCAAGUUAAUACAACUAUACUGGUGCAUGAGAGUGAAGGACAAGGACGUAAUGAGGAGGAGAGACUGGAGACUCGCGAGGAGAGUCCGCAGAUAAGUUGUUGCAACAAGUUGAGUGAUAGUCAGGAACAGAUUGUGCAUGUGGACUAGACGAUGUUGAUAAGACUUGAGACAAAUUGAAAUGUGAUGUUUUUAAUGAGUAUUAGUCAUACCGAAACACUGGUGACGCGUUAUUAAUAAAGUAAUUUAAUAUUUAGCUUUAUUAAAAAUAUAUUCGGCACGCUAUGCAGCCGAAAUCCCAGCUCUUGUAAGUAUUAAAUUCAGUUAAAUUU